UAAAAAAGAAUAUAUAAGCGCAGCCGAAAACACUCAACUCGGCUCACGCAAGUCGCAACGUGCAAAUAAUCCCUUUCCCGCCAUGCCUCUUCACAUAUAGCUCCUGCGCUUCACUCCUGCUCCUCUUAUUUUCUCUGUCUCUCUCUUCCCAAAAAAUUGAAACUAUUACAUCUUUCAAUUCAAUGAAGUUGAAGAUCAACAAAGCCUGCGAUCUCAGCUCUAUUUCUGCCCUUCCUCCUCAAUCGAGGAGAUUGAGUACUUUACCAACUGGACCACAAACAUCACAGCUUCGAUCGCAACAAUCACAGCAAUCAUUUUCACAGGGAUAUUCAUCUCAGCAUGGCAUGUUUUCUCAAAUGUCUCAGACUUCUUUUGAUGAAGCUCUAACAACUGAUCAGAGAUUUAAUUCUCAAGAACGAGAAAACUCUUUGAAGAAAACAUCUUGCUUUCCCUCAAUUAGCUAUGCACGUGAAGAGAGUCAAAUGCCAAUAUCAAGAUCUUCUACCAAUAUAAUGCGCAAAUGGAAUUCUGCAUCUGUUCCGGAUCAUAAAUGUCAGAUAAAUGAAGAACUUGAGCAUCGGAUUGGAAUGAUGGAAACUUUAUUAAACAAGUUUGGAAUGAUCUUAGGUUCUGUUCAAAGUGAUGUCAUGCAAGUAAACAAAGGAACAAAAGAAGCAUCUCUGGAAAUGGAAGGCAUACGGCAGAAGCUGGUCGUCCUUGACACCUCACUGCAGCUAAUGAUAAAAGGACAAGAAGAUACCAAAUUUACCCUUGAUGGGAGCUUGAAAUCUAUAUCUGAACGACUGAGCAAGGAUAUAUCUCAAGAUAGACUACAGCAGAUUUUCUUGGUGCUUUCUGCCUUCCCACAGCAAAUGGAAGCCUCUCUACUGAAAUUACAAAGUGACCUCAGCAUGACCUUUACCAAAGAACUGCAGGCAGCAGCUCGCAACAUGGAAAUGCCAAACCAAAAUAGUCCAUCCAUCAUGUUGCUUCCAUCAACGGUAACUGGUUCUUAUAGCACUUCACACAGAAAGUCGAGGCCCAUUAGCAACUCAGUGAUGCCCUCAAAGGCCUAUGGGCAAUCAACAACGCGUCCAAAGAUAGAAAUGGGAACUUGGAAUACUGUAAAGACAGAACAGAUUACAUUCACACAGAGGGCAUCCAACAAGGAGCAUAAACACAAAGGAGUUUCUUCUAUUCAAAAGGAGAAACAAUGCAGUGUCAUCAUUGAAUCAGAUGAGGAGAUUGAUGGAGUUUUUUCCUGCUUGAUUGAUGCGAAAGAAUCAGGAAUCGGAAACUACACUCUCGAUGAAGCAACAGAAGAGUCUGAACGAAUUAUAAGAAAAGCAAGGAGGCGAAAGAGAAAACACUGGAAUCCUAUAAUUAUUAAUUGAAGGUAUAAUGUGCCUGUUGUAUUUUGUUUGGCUAUGAGCUUCUUCUUUUAAGUUUCUUGCAAAGCUUGCCUUUAGUGGAAAUUGAACUCCUCGUGGUCUAGAAUUUACAUGAAACUGAACUACUCAAACCACCCGCCACUCCCAGUGUUUUAGUGCCCUGCUAUAUUAUAUGUUUGACUCCAGUGUCCGAGUCUUUGGUUUCCAAAUGAUAUCAUUCUCAACUUGAAAGUUGGCUUUAAGCCGUGUUAUGAGCUCAAUUAGUUUUAGAACAAUUUUUCCCACACCCGAGCGCUAUCUCAGAUUCAUGUUCUCAACUUCAGCGCCCAAAUAGAGGUGUUGUAUGUACACUGUACAGUUCCUUAGAGGUUAAGGGUUUUUCUUUCCUUUUUCUUGAAAAUAUUUCCAUUCGUUUUCGUUUUGCUUUGUCGCUCAGGAUAAAAAGACAUCAAGUUACAACUAUUUUUUACCAUAAUUAAAGCUUUGAGUUUGAAGUUAAAUCGCUAAAUGGUAUGAUUCCAACUACUAUAACAAGCAUGAAUUAUUGCACGCAUGCUCUAAAAAUAAGUGGAAAAGUGGAGGCAAGGCAAGGUGGGGUUUGUAACGGGUCCUCGACAAUGAAUAAAUGAUUCGAUCGCAAAUGGCCUUGUUUUGUCUGCUGCCAGAUCUUGAAUUUGCCCAUUACUUGGUAAUUCAAAACCCAAGUAAGCUCUCUGCGUUUAAAAGAUGCCUCUGCGUGUGCUGCACGUGAUGGAGUUGUAACGGUGUUCUAUAUGGUGGUGCAUAAUGCUUCAGAUUCAUUCACUGUUGUCAAAUAACCAUCCUUGCAUUAAACUUCAUAAAGUCCUUGUAUUACACUUACUGAGAGGGGGUGUUUACAAUACUUGAAAUGAACUGUUACAGAAAAAUAAGCUGGAAAAAA